UAUGCAGCUACAAAAAAGGGCAUCUCUAGAUUUGAGGGCAAAUAGACACGUGAAUGAAGAGCUGUCAAGUUUGUGCGUCAGUGAGAGGGAAUGUCUCAGAUGGUUACACGGAAGGAAGAAAACGACAUGACUGUGGAUGGAGUGGAAACCCAUACAGACCUUGUGACUUGCACCACGCAGUUGACAUCCAGUAUUCAACAAUGGUCUGUAAAACGUCGAGAAACGAUUCAAACAUUGCGAAGCCUGGCAGACGAGCUUAUGGAACAUUACAAAAAUGUCCACAUCGCCAAGAUCUCGGGUUCAUCAGCAUCAAUCGGAGGCUUUGCGUUAGUUGCUACUGGGUUCGGUUUGGCUGCUGUCAGUCUAGGAACUUCUCUGAUUCUCUCUGCAAUCGGAGGAGCGAUCUGCGCCGGCGGUGGUGCAACCGUUGCUGGUUCCAGCAUCGUACAAUCGAAAAUAUUCAAAACAAAGCUCGCGACAGCGCAAGAAAUCAUCGACGCCGAUCGCAAAGCACAGGAACCUGUGCAAAAGCUUUUGAAAGACCUCUGUCGUGAAGUAUCCAAAGAAUCAUUUGGCAGCGUCAAAAAUCGUCUUGCUUGCAAUGUAAGUGUCGCAUUGUUGGUGAAAAACCUCGUCGAUGUGGGUAAUGGUGUGAAUAUGACCGGCGUUAGUGUGGCUACGACAAUGGCAAGCGAGGGUAUGGAUGGAAUACUCCGAUCUAUAGGUAUAGCUGGCAACACCGCUCGGAUUGGAAUAUUCGCAGUGAGCAUUGCGCUUCUCCCUUUGGACAUUUAUACUAUGGUGACAUCCUUUACAGAGAUUGACUCUGUUCGAAAGGGAAAGAAAGAAAAAGAGCCAGAGGCGGUGAAAAAACUAAGAGAGCUGGCAGACAAUUUGGAGAAGGAAAUGAAUGAGAUACUUCAAGCUGUCGAAGAAUUCCAGCGAAACAAACCUGAAUAACUGUUAUUUGGAGAAAAAUAUGAACAAUACACUGCAGAGGCAAAUCCCGCGCUAGUGGCGUCUAUAGUUGUUAUGGUUGUAACGAUUACGGAUAAACAUUAGCCGACACAAUUUUGUACGGAGUUCGUCAGUUUAUUGCUAGGGGUGUUUUUAUUCUGGCGCCAUGAGUAGAUAGAAAAAGAAAAACAUACACAAAACGAUGAACAACUGAUAAAACGGUAGAUUGCUGGAUUUUUGGGCUUUCAUCGACGGAAUCGAUGAGUGACAUGAAUUUUCAAAACAAAAACUGACGAUCACAUAAUUUACAUUUGUGAACGAGGGCACCAGUAAGUUGUCACGUUGUUACGGUAACUAAGGCAAAAGGGAAGAAUUUACGGCUAAAGGAAUAAAUGCGAUUUCGUGAGGACAAGCAAGGACAAAACGGAACGAUUAUUUUAUGGGUACUUUAUUUAUCAACUGUUGAAAAAAAACAUCGACUGCGAUAGUAGUGAGAUCUAUUAAUUUAUCUCUCCAUGACAACCACCUGUCUUUAUGUACUAUUUUAAGACAAGAGUAUGAGAAGUAGACCUGUCACUUAGCUCA